AAGUAGGAAGUGGGAACUCCCUCGUUUUUUGAUUACAUGCAAACCAUUUCGCUUGAUUUCAGCACAGCGAAAUCAAUCAAUUAACUGGGAAGAAUUUAACGCCCUCUUAUUUAAGUGCUCACAACUUUUUUGCAGGAUUUAUUAUAACAAUGGCUAGGAGGAAGACGGGUUUGAUUGCUUUAUUUGAUGUCGAUGGAACACUUACAGCUGCAAGAAAGGUAGCAACUCCAGAGGUGUUAGAUUUCAUGCAGAAACUUCGAGAGGUUGUUACAGUUGGUGUUGUUGGAGGAUCAGAUCUUGUUAAGAUAUCAGAGCAGCUUGGCAAGACAGUUACUGAUGACUAUGAUUAUGUGUUUUCUAAAAAUGGUCUUGUGGCUUACAAGGAUGGGAAGCUUAUUGUUAGUCAGAAUUACCCUUGCAAUUGGAUUCCUUCUGUACUGCAGAGCUUAAAGUCAUUCCUUGGAGAAGAAAAACUAAAGGAAUUCAUUAAUUUUGCACUUCAUUAUAUUGCAGACUUGGAUAUUCCAAUAAAGAGGGGAACAUUCCUUGAGUUUCGGAGUGGGAUGCUUAAUGUAUCACCGAUAGGGAGAAAUUGCAGUCAAGAAGAGCGUGAUGAGUUUGAAAAGUGCACGACAUGCGGUCAAAAAUGGUUUCUGUGCUCAAAGAGAAGUUUGCUCACCUUAAUCUGACAUACUCUAUUGGAGGACAGAUAAGUUUCGAUGUAUUCCCUAAUGGAUGGGAUAAAACAUUUUGCUUAAGAUACCUUGAAGAUUUUCAGGAAAUCCACUUCUUUGGGGACAAAACUGACAAGGUGAUUUUUUUUUUUUCCCCUUUUCUCUUGAAGUCACAAUCUUUUCCAAUUUUGAAUCUCUUUUUCUCUCUAAAAGAGUGAGAAAAAAAGGGUUGCAAAGGACAACAUUUUUACUCAGUAACACUAGAUUAAUAGACAAAUGUGACUAUAUUUUGUGGACUUGUGCACUUCUGAUUGUGGGUGUCAUGAUGUUUGUUUGUUCCCAUUUUUAUAUGUUUCUAGUAACAUUCAGUCAACUAAAGAACUUAAGUUAUCUAUUUGAUUUAAAUUAUUUUUAUUUUUUAUCUUUUUUGCAGGGAGGAAAUAACUGAAAUUUUUUAAUCUGACCAAACAGUGGGUCACACAGGUUAGCUCUCAUGUAAAGCAUCUUAAUGGAUAUAUAUGCUUUCAUGUUUUCUCUUCCACAUGAAGGGUGACAUGGCUCCAUGAAGUUACAGAGUUUUCUUCUAAUUGCUAGAAUUUUUCAUAUUCUGAAAUGCUAUACUUAGAAUUCUUACUUUCAGGAGGACACUUCUGUAGAAUAAUGUACAUGCAUUGUGCCAAAACCAUGGAACAGAAACUCUCUGUUUGUUAAAGGAGAUUGGGUCAGCACAAGAAUAACAUGAACCUAGUCAAAUGCAAAUUAACUUGCACCUCUCAGUGUAUUUUGCAGAUCUAUGGUUCUAAGCUGCCCAAUGCCAAAUUCCAAUAAAUCACCAUAACUUGAACAGGCAGACGAACCUCCAACAAUCACUAUAUCUUGAAAGCCAAUCCAUCUGCCCAGAAAACCUUAUAACAAUGACUCUUGAUCGAACCUACAAAACUCACAAUUUGGCAUGCCCAGAAUUUAUUUUUUCUACCCAGUACAUUUGCUUCUUGAUCGUCAAUAGUUCCUUGGUGAGAUAUAUGGUGACUGAUACUUUUUUCGUUGUGCUUUCAAACUGAAAUAUUUCAUCUUUAAACAUGACUUCUAAAUAAGCAGGAAUUGUUUUGUAAAAAUGGGAAUGGCCUACUUGUUACCGCUUUGCUUCUAAAAUCGGAUGCUGCCAUUAAAUGUCAUUCUUAUCUUUCAAAUGGAAGAAAAAUAUUAGUUAAUAAAGCAUACAAUGAAUGAUAAUUACUGUGGCCACAUCAUGUUUGUAAGGUGAAACAACCAGAAGUGAAAUAUCAAGGUCAAUCAAAUAGGGUUAGCUUCUCUGGAAUUGGAUUCAUCACAAAAAUGACCCCAAAGUGUCCACUAUAAUAUUGAAUUCCUGUAACUGGACAUCAGAAUAAUCAGUGCAUACUUUUGAAAGUUGCAACUUUACUUUGAUUUUACUUCUUUUGUUUAUCACCAUUCCCCCACCCCAAACCAUUCCAAAAAAAGAAAGGGUUUCCUAUGGAAUCUAAUUAGAUUUUUUUCUUUUCAUUUUUGUUUGCAGUCACCAGUCCUGAGGACACAGUAGAACAGUGUACAGCUCUCUUCCUUGCAAAACCAAUUGGAGAUCUCUGAGCUAAUGGUGACUUUGAUGUGUUCAGUCUUUGUUGUUACAAUACAUGAACUGGUGAAACUGCAACUUGUUAUCAAUUUGAAUCUGUAUUUAUCCAAAA